AUGGGUCUUCAACAUAAGUCAGGCCAAAUGAAGCAUGUUCGCACAGCACACAGCCUUUUGCACAAUCAUGUAACCUUCCAUCAAGCAGCUCCUGACUUUCGCUCUCCAAGUCUCGAGAAUCCUGCCUUUGAUGAUCGGCCUCCAAGUCCCCAGCACCAUGACUUUGAUGAAAACAAUGAUGGAGCGUUUAUGCCAGAGGAGGGCAUGCAGUUGGGGCCACUGUUCCGGACGUUCCAUCCUCUUCUUACAGGCCGAAAGUGUAAUAUUCACGGCAACUUUAUUAACCAGAAUGCGCCUCCACCAUCCAGAACUGAAGCCUCACCUACUGACUGGAUGCCGUAUGAAAGCCGGGUUGCAUUUGAGACAGCAGAGUUCUUAUAUACAUGUAACCAAAUGUCUGCGGCUCAAAUUGACACUCUUCUCGACCUCUGGGCAGCAACACUUAUUCAACACAAUGAUAGUCCUCCGUUCACUGGCCAUCGUGACUUAUAUGAAACUAUUGAUUCAACUCCCCUCGGUUAUGUCGCCUUGGAGACUUUCACCAUGUCUUAUAAUGGAGUCAAGCCAGCUGAAGACAUUCCGCCCUGGAUGACUGCCAAAUACGAUGUGUGGUUCCGUGAUCCACAUCUACUCAUUCAUCACAUGCUUUCCAACCCUGACUUUGACGCCAAGAUAGAAUAUGUUCUGUAUUGGGACUAUACUAACGAUGAUCAGCAUUGUUACAAGAACUUUUUCUCUGGUGAUUGGGCCUGGAAGCAAGCGGACAUUAUCGUGGAGGAUCCAGAAACUCAUGGAUUGACCUUUGUGCCUUUAAUCAUUGGCAGCGACAAGACUACAGUCUCUGUCGCUACGGGACACACUGAGCCACCAUCAAAGGACAUGUACCUCGGGAUGUCAUUCGCGCAUUUAGCGCAUUCCUCGAUUUCUGUUACAUAG